AUGAGCAUCAUCACCGUCCCCUCCGAUAAGAAAGACGUGCUCAUCUGCGCCGACCAACUCUACCGGGAGGCAGUUGCAGCAGUUGCCACCAAGGCACUUGUCCCUACGGCUGAGGCCCGGGGAGGGAAGAAAACUGGCAAGGCCUCUGCCCCUCCCGGCAAGGCCCUUUCCGGCAAGACUUCUAACCCAUGCAAGGACUCCUGCACCUCUUUUGGCAAACGCGCCUCCUCGGAGCGCUGCGUUCCCAUUGAGGACAUGCCAGAGAGCUCCGCCAACAGGAGCAAGAGGUCCAAGGUGACCCCGCCAGAAACCAAGAAGGAAGUGAGGUCCAAGAAGAAGGUUCUCAAGAAGGAAUAUGGCACUGCUGCUGCUACCAAGCUAGGACUGCAGAAGAAAGCUCCUGCUAAGAGGAAUCCUAUAUCAAAAGCCAGAGCUUCAACUCAAGAAACUAUGCAAUUCACACUUGAGCACAGAGAGGAAGAAGAUGAUGCUAGUGGGAAGAAUAAAAGGAAGGAAAGGGUCAGAAAGACCAUUGCCAGAGUGAUUGGAAGACCAUCCAUGAUGAGGGAUGAGGAUGAAGAUGAGGAGGAGGAAGAGCCUGCUGCACCUCCUGCCAAGUCACAGAAGUUGAUGGCAGAUGCUAUCAAGACUGGUGCUGCUCCUUCAAAGCCCAAGUCUGCCCCAAGCCCACAGCUCCAGCUCAAGCACCCAAGUCAACUGCUCCAAAGAGAUAUACUAGGAACAUCUCAGCUGCAGAGAAGAACAAGGCCCCAGUGCCUGAGGUCCAAGAAGAUGAUGAGCCACUAG